AUGAUGAACGACCUGACCUCCGAGCUGGGCAGAAGGAAACGAGCGGCUUGGGGAGCAUUCAAGAGCAUCGACGAUGUGGUGAAGAGGAUCAAGAACACCCGGCUCCGUGUUCACCUCUUCAACACCACCGUACUUCCUGCUUUGACCUAUACUUCGGAAACCUGGGCAUUUCGCAAGCAGGAACAAAACGCGGUGAACGUCAUUGAACGCGCAGUUGAGAGAGUGAUGCUAGGAGUAUCCCGUUUCACGCACGUGUGGGACGGGAUUCAAUGUUUUCUCAUACGCGAGCGAUCGAAGAUUAAAGGUGACGCUGCGUAUGCCAAGGAGAGUAAAAUAAGGUGGGCCGGACAAGUGAUGCGCUUUAACAACAAUCGUUGGACCAGAGCCGUAAGCGACUGGAUACCAUGCGACAUCAAACGCACCGCAGGAAAACCGCCGACCCGAUGGUCAGAUUUCUUCACGAAGUCCUUCAAAGAAAAUUAUGUCCCACGCGAAAGGAAGAACCACUGGGCGACUCUGGCACGCGAUCGGGACCAAUGGAAGAAUUACUGGCGCCCGCUCGACCAGUUCGAAGAUCAACGGGAGUCAAGGUGA